AUGGGGAUCAAAGAGUUUGAAAUGUCAGCCCUUUCUGAUCAACAUCACAUUCUGGGUGCUGCACCAUUUUCCAAUCUAAAACCACCAUCUGAGGAGAAAGCAAUAUAUGUUGAUCAGACGGCAAAUAAAGCAGCCCCUCAUGAGACCUCCAUCACCUUUGUCUACCAAGCCAAAGUAUCAGAAUUUCUGCGCAAUGUAACAGUGACAUGGUGCAAAAAUCUCGUCAACCAUUCGCUUAGCAUCACGGUGGAAAACCCUUCUGAUGAAAAUCAAUACACGUGCAAGGUUGAUAUAAGGGCUUGGCAGUUUUGGGGUAGAAAAGGUCUGAAAUCCUUUGAGUUAGAUGGAAAACUAGUAGGCAUUUUCUGGGAUUUUAGACAGGCAAAAUUCUCCACCACCCCGGAUCCUUGCUCUGAUUAUUAUGUUGCCAUGGUCUCCGGUGAAGAGGUGGUUUUAUUGCUGGGGGACUUAAAAAAAGAAGCUUAUGAAAGAACCAGGUCAAGGCCAUCCUUAGAAUAUGCUACCUUGUUGUACAAGAAAGAGCAUGUUUAUGGAAAGAGAUCGUUUUGCACCAGAGCCAUGUUAGCCGACGGUGAUAAAGAACAUUACAUUUUCAUUGAGACUUCUCUCCCUGGCCCUGGGCCUCGUGAUCCUGAAAUGUGGAUUAGCAUUGACAGCACAGUGUUGAUUCGCGUUAUGAACUUGAACUGGAGAUUUAGAGGAAAUGAGACGGCGAUGGUGAACAAUUUGCCUGUACAAAUUCUAUGGGACGUGCAUGAUUGGUUGCAUGGUAAGCCCGGGUCAGGCCGGCCUGGCCUCUUCAUUUUUAAGACAGGCGCGCCAGAAUGUGUAUCAGAUGAUGAUCAUGGACAGUGCAGCAGGGAAAAUGAAGGUGGCAGAAGAUCAUAUGACUCAGCCUCAGCACAAGGAUGCCCAUCAACCCCAGAGUUUUGCCAUUUUUUAUAUGCUUGGAGAACUGAUCAGUAA